CGGAGGCGUGGCCUGACCUUAAGAGGUCGCCUGAAGAUGGCAGGCGGCGGGAGCCUGGCGAUGCGGGUGCUUUCUAGGUGCGGCUGGAUUCGUGGCUCAGACUCCGCCGUGCUGAGUCGCCUGCGCGACGAGGCCGUAGUGCGGCCGGGCUUUCUGAGCCAGGCGGAGGAAGACACGCUAACACAAGAACUGGAGCCCCAGCUGCGACGCCGGCGUUAUGAGUACGACCACUGGGACGCGGCUAUCCACGGCUUCAGGGAGACAGAGAAAUCCCGAUGGUCUGAUGCAAGCCAAGCCAUCCUGCAGCGGGUCCAGGCUGCUGCCUUUGGCCCUGACCAGACCCUGCUAUCCUUGGUCCACGUGUUGGACCUGGAACCUAAGGGCUACAUCAAGCCCCAUGUUGACAGUGUCAAGUUCUGUGGAUCCACUAUCGCUGGCCUUUCCUUGUUGUCCCCAAGUGUUAUGAAGCUGGUGCACACCCAGGAACCUGAGCAGUGGCUGGAACUGUUGCUGGAGCCAGGCUCCCUCUAUAUUUUAAGGGGUUCAGCCCGAUAUGACUUCUCCCAUGAGAUCCUUCGAGAUGAAGAAUCAUUUUUUGGGGAGCACCGGGUCCCCCGGGGCCGACGUAUCUCAGUGAUUUGCCGCUCCCUCCCUGAGGGGAUAGGGCCAGGAAGGCCAGGCAAGCCACCCCCAGCCUGCUGACCUCUACACCUAUCCUCUGGACUUGUGAAUAAAGUUGGAAAAAGAA